UCAACUAUGUUACAUAUAUCUGUUUGUAAAGUUGGUAGAUCUUACAGUUGAAAUAUUGAGACUUGUUGUCAUUGCAGAUUUUUCCAAAACAGUUAUUAAACAACCACAAUGUACGGGUUCAGCAAACAGAAGUCAGGGAUUGGUAGUAACAUGAUCCAGAACUACAUGGAGAAACAGAUGAGUACUCUACAUUCAUCUAGUUCUCAAUCAGUGACCAACUAUAAAGACAAGGUCAUUUCAUUUCUGAUGGGAGCUUUGGUACUGGUAUUACUGCCAUAUUUCCAUAUAGGUAUUUAUCAUCUGAAGAUUUGGGUACCGGACAAGCCUAGAAUAGCUAAAAAUAACUGUACUUGUGACUGCUUUGACACUGUGUUUAGAGGGCAGUAUGAGAAUCCAGGUACAACACGAUAUAAACAUAUCUACUUCAAUGCGACAUGGCAGACGUUCCGUAUCUGGAUAUUGACUGUUGUAUUUAUAUUGAUGGCAUAUGAGAGCAUCAAGUAUGUUAUACCUCUCGUACGACGGAAUAAAGUUAGGAUGUCAAUGUUCGCGCUGUAUGUACUAAAUAUUUACCCCCAUUACUAUUCCUGGUGGAGUUACUUUAGUUAUUACAAUGAAGAUUUCUACAGAUAUUUCAAACAUCACAUGUGGUUCACUAUAACGGAGGUCAUCACAACUUGUAUUGUCCUCAAUCUUUGUGACAAACGUAAUGAGAUUGUGUCCUGGAAGAUCCUCGCCAUUAUUAGUAUUAAUUUAAUGCAUAUCUGUGUGGGAGGCAUGGACCAGUUCAUAUCUGAUGUUAUAUUUGGGCAAGGAGCUAAUUUCCAUAAAGCUAGAAAUAUAGCCUUGAUGAUCCCAGAUUGCAUGCAUGUAAUAAUACCAGCUUGGGAAUUGUACACCUUUGCUAAACGAAAGGAGUUGAAAAUCAAUGAAAUAUGCUACAAGGAGGAGAUAUUCCUGUGUGUUAUUUUUGUUUCUAUGGGAACACUGGUUGGAAGACUGCUGUAGAAUCUGUUUUAAUGUGGUUUGUUUUUAUUAAUGUGACUUGAUUAUAUGCAGCAAAUAGUGCAACAUGAAAGAAGAAUCUGAUGAUCUGUGCUUAGAAUAUACAUGUCUGUUCUCAUGUUGAUGCUUUAUUGCAUCUGUUACACAUUUAAGAAUCUCAAGCAUUUAAGAUAUUAUGUUGUGAGAAAUCAAACAUACAAAUAAUGUAACCAUUGCAAAUGGAGAACAACUGUGACCACAAAUAAUUGACAAAAUGCUUUGAUUGGCAUUUUAAUAGUUACAUGCAGAAUUUAUGCUUCAGUUCUUAACUAGUCUUCUAAAAAAUAAAAUUAAAUUUAAAGAAAAGACUAGUAUGAACUAAUGGGACAAUUAAGAGAUCAUUCAAAGAAAUGGCAGAUUGUCAAAUGGUUGUUUGUGGAAAAUGGAUUGUAUAUUUACAUACAGUGUUACUGUUUGAAGUUUUCCUUUUAUAAAUUUUUAUGUAAAAAGUUCAGUGUGUUCAAAACAGUUUCAUUCUUGAUUUUCAAAAUGGUGCUUAUACAUGUAUUAUAAAUUGUUUGAUAGUUGUUUUAAAAUUCAUGAUCAUUUAAAAAAACAAAUUUGAGCUGUAUGGUUUUUUCUGUACUGAAGGUUAUACAAUAGCUACAUAUCAAUAUUUACUUUAGGUCUAGGUUUAGUAAUUGAUGCAAUACCAAUAUACUCUGUGAAUGAUUACUUGUUUCAAGUUGACAGUUUCUUGUUAGAGACUGAGGUACAUGUAAAGAAGUAUGUAAAGAAUACAGGUAUAGAUUGCUUCAGACGAAUAUAAAAUAAUUAAUUGAAAUGUGUAUUAUAGACAUGUGUACUAGUUCAUUUGCCUAUGUGUCUUUUUCAUAGAAAAUGUUACCUCUAGUUAUAGAUUGUUGUUUAUGCUUACUGAAUUGCAUACACUCAUCAAUGUAAAAUAUGUUUCUGAUAUUAACAUUUAUAAAAAUAGAUUAUUAAAUAGUGUUAUUACAUGUUCAGAUACAUUUAUUUCAAUGUUUAUUUUAAAAAGCAACUAUUCAUGCCUAUUUCACAAAACAUAACAUGUAUGUUUAUUCCUGUUAUAAAACAUAUUAUGUGCAUUUUUGCCUAAAUCAUAAAAACAUUCCAAGUCAUUUAUUUUCAUGUCUGUUAUGCAUAUGCGUAACAAAUGUUUAAAGUUUUUGCCUUUAUCAUAAAACAUUCCAAGUUUGUUCAUGCCUGUAUGUGCAUCCAAGCCAAAUUGCAAAAUUCAAGUACAUGUAUCAUGUUUUUAUUUUUACUCAUAAAUAAUUAACAUUUCAUUAUCGUGCCAUGUGUCUUAAGGGGCGUCUGUGGCUGAGUGGUUAAGAACUUAUCCAGCUAGCUUACAGAAUGUCGGUCGUUCUACUCAGGUGCCCGUCCAUGCCUGAAAUAUUGCACAGAGGUGCA